UCGUUGGCCGCUUGGGCACACGGGGUGUCGUCAAGCGAGCAUGCGCCAAGACUAGCACCGACCAACAUAAUAAUACCAUCACUGAUGUUUACGGAAUUUAAAUAAAUAACGUAGUUUUAUUGGGACUACCGAAUUAUCUACUAAGUGAAGGCAGGGAUGGAGUUCCCUGUGGAUGUGCUUGUGGGCGUGAGCCAGGAGGCUCUGGAGAGCUCCGCCCAGAACUACAUGAAGGAGCUGCUGUACAGCAACCCAGAUUCACCCCAGUACCUCACCCUGGAGGACCGCACCCAGGUUCCUAUCGGUCUUCCCAACGUGGGCUUUGUUCCUCUGUACGGAGCCAGCAAUCAGCAGAAGGUCCUGGCCCUCUUCUCUCCAGGAGACCAGCUCACAGCUGUGGGGCUGUACCUGCUGGACAGGUGGUGGGCGGUGGAGGACAUUCUGAGGACGUCUGACCCCUCCAGAGAUGGAGCCAUGGAGGUGGAAACCAUCAGAGAGAGAAUAGUUCUGUACAUCCUAAAUCGUGUAGUUUACAGAACCCAAGACAGGAGCUCUGACGAGAUGCCCUUCCUGUGCCAUGAGGAAACAGACUUCGCCAAAAUCCUCUGGAAGAGCGGAGAGGCAGUGGGGUUCUACUCAGUCAAGCCUUCAGACAGCUUAUGCAGUAGCUUCGUGACCCAGCGGUACCAGCUUCCUGUCAUGGACUCCAUAUUUGUCAGGAAGCGGCACCGCGGCAAUGGCUUCGGCCUUCAAAUGCUUGAAAACUUUGUUGACAGUUUCAAUGAGGACAGUCUAGGGUUGAGAUACCCCCUCCCCACAGCAAUGUGCAAAGUUUGUGCCAAGUACCUGAGCCUGUACCCAGCUGACAGCAGCCUGCUGUGGGAGGUGGAGAGCGUCGGAGGGCCCAGCCAGAGAACCAACAUCGCCUGCAAGAUCCAGGCCAUGGAUCUGAAUGCCAUAUCGAAGAAUCUCUCCUUUGAGCAAUCGAUUGUUAGUCAUGAGUUGACUGGAGCAGACGUGGUCAUGGAGGAACUCACUACGUCCAUCCACAGACAUGGAUCCUUGGAGAUUGUGGAGGAAGUGAAAAUCGAAGUUUCAAGAGACUCGGAGGAAACGCCGGUCUCUGCCCGCGGCAGGAGCAGUGGGCUGAAGAGGAGGAAGAUGAGAGAGGAGGUAGCUGAGGAGGUGUCAGAGGAAAACAAAUCAGAAAAAGUAAUCAGGAUUGAGGAUAUCGAGGCAGUGGAGGCUGUGGAGGAAACAGCACAAACCACUCUGGAAUCAGCUGGGGAAACUGUUGUAACAGCAGAAAGGCCAAAAGAGGAGGAGCCUUCACUUGGUGAACCAGAAAAACCGGCCACAGUCCCAAGCACAGUAUCGCCAGAGGCCAACAAGGAGCCUGCUGUUGAGGAGAUCCAGGGAGGAGAGAAGGCCCAGGCUCAGGCCCUCCGGCUGCAGAGAGCCACCGUGGUGCUGGUGGACGUGACCAAAACAACCUUCCAGACAGCAGUGGAGGUUGAAAAUGUUGCUUCAGAACAGAUUUCAGAGGACAAAGAUGCAGUGGAGGUGGCAGGACAUGAAGACACAACGAUGGACGAGGCGGUUGAGGAGGAGAUCAGGGAGGCUGAAACCAAAACUGAUGAGUCCGAAAAAGAAGACAAGAAUGAGAGGGACAGGUCUCACCGAUCCACUCGUCUUUCAAAGCAGCCCCUGGACGAGCAAGCAGAAUGCAAAACCUAUCCAAUCAGAAAGUUCUCCAGAUCAGCUGCAAAGGCCUUGGAAGCACCCCAUGAAAGUCCCAAAGGGUUAGUCCCACAGUCCCAAAGAUCAGAUAUUCUCCUCAGGGCCACACCUUCACGGGAAUCCAAAAGGCAUAAACAUCAAGAAGAACCGGAAGAACCUGCUGAAAUAACGGAGCCAGAAACCAUCCCUUCAGAGGAUCCGGCGUCCGAGGAAACGGGUGAAGCAGCAGAAGUGGAGCAAGUAGGUGACAGGAGACAGGAAACGGCUGCAGAGGGACAGGAAGCAGAGAGUGAGAAACCUACAGAGGUAGUAGAACCUCCUGGGAGAAAAACGAGACUUACGAAGAAUACAGCCAUGAAAACGCCCAAACGCAAGUCGCAGCGACACCUGAAAAUAACCGAAGAGGAAGAAGAGGGUAAAAAAACAUCUACAACCCCUAGAGGUAAAACACGACAACCCAGAGAGCUACAGGAAACAAACAAAGACGAGGCAGCAGAGCAGCAAACCUUUAGCAGAGUUUUGAGGAGGAGGACUACAGUCAUCGCUAACUUUACUCCUCGCAAAUACACACGCAUUCAUGCUGUGAAAGAAAACGAUGAACAAGCAGCAGCUCCUACAAUAGAUAAGAAUGAUAAAGAACAAGAAAUUAUUCCUGAGGAGAAGAAAAUGGCACAAGAUGUUGUAGCCCUGGAGGAACCAGGAGAAGCUGUAGCCCUGGAGGAAUCAGGAGAUACUGUAGCCCUGGAGGAACCAGGAGAAGCUGUAGCGCUGGAGGAAUCAGGAGAUACUGUAGCCCUGGAGGAACCAGGAGAUGCUGUAGCGCUGGAGGAACCAGGAGAUGCUGUAGCGCUGGAGGACCCAGGAGAUGCUGUAGCGCCAGAGGAACCAGGAGAAGCUGAAGCCCUGGAGGAACCAGGAGAAGCUGAAGCCCUGGAGGAACCAGGAGAAGCUGUAGCACCAGAGGAACCAGGAGAAGCUGUAGCCCUGGAGGAACCAGGAGAUGUUGUAGCCCUGGAGGAACCAGGAGAAGCUGAAGCCCUGGAGGAACCAGGAGAUGUUGUAGCCCUGGAGGAACCAGGAGAAGCUGUAGCCCUGGAGGAACCAGGAGAUGUUGUAGCACCGGAGGAACUAGGAGGUGCUAUAGCCCUGGAGGAACCAGGAGAUGUUGUAGCCCUGGAGGAACCAGGAGAUGCUGUAGCACCAGAGGAACCAGGAGGUGCUAUAGCCUUGGAAGAACCAGGAGAUGUUGUAGCCCUGGAGGAACUAGGAGAUGUUGUAGCACCGGAGGAACAGGGGGGACAAGAAGAGCAGACUAUGGACAAGUUGGAGGAAGAAGCAGUGGAGGCUGCGGAGGGGAAGUUGGAGGAUGAGAAGGAGGAGAAAAUCGGUGAAGAGGAAACUAUGGCUGAUGAAUCAGCCGCAGUAGAACAUGAUGAAAAAAUGGAGGGCAAAAUGUCGGCUGUAGUCCAGAGUGCUGGAGAUGAGGUUACAGAAAAGGGUUCAGAGGAAAUGCCCUCAGAGGAGCCAGCAGAGGAGGAGAAAGAGACAGAACCAUCAAAUGAAGUGGUAGAAACAACAACUGAAGAAACCUUGGAAGAAAAGGUGGCACCAGCUGAAGUUGAGGAGGCUGAGAUCUCAGAGGAAGAACAGGAAGCCCCAGCAGUAGAAACAAGAGCUUCCAGGAGGGGAAGGAAGAGCGGGAAAGCUACUCCAAAACACAAAUCCACAGGCAGAGGACAAAAACAGCAGGAGGAGGAAGAGGAGGAGGAGGAGGAACCGGUCAUAGAAAUAAGAGUUCUGAGAAGAGGAAGGAAAUCUGCACCUGUCACACCGAGUCGCAAAUCUAAAAGAGCCCGCAAACAACCUGAGGAAGAGGAGACUGCAGAACAGGAAGCAGGACCAGCAAAGGAGGAAGUACAUGUUGAACAAGAAAAAGACAUGGAAGAAAAGAUUGAGGCUGUGACACUCGAGGAGAACCUUGUGGAGGAUGCUAGGGCUGACGAGGGCACUGUGGAAGAGGACAAGGUGGAUGAGGGAGCAACGGCUGCAGAGGAAAAGACUGAGGAUAAAGAGGAGGAGGAAAUCGUAGCAGAAGAAUCAGCUGCAGUAGAAGAAGUUGAAAAAACAGAAGAUCAGAGCACAGUUGAACCCAUGGUCCAGAGUGCUGGAGAUGAGGUUACAGAAAAGGGUUCAGAGGAAAUGCCCUCAGAGGAGCCAGCAGAGGAGGAGAAAGAAAGAGAACCAUCAAAUGAAGUGGUAGAAACACCAACUGAAGAAACCUUGGAAGAAAAGGUGGCACCAGCUGAAGUUGAGGAGGCAGAGAUCUCAGAGGAAGAACAGGAAGCCCCAGCAGUAGAAACAAAAGCUUCCAGGAGGGGAAGGAAGAGCGGUAAAGCUACUCCAAAACACAAAUCCACAGGCAGAGGACAAAAACAGCAGAAAGAGGAAGAGGAAGAAGAGGAGGAAAAGGAGGAGGAACCGGUCAUAGAAAUAAGAGUUCUGAGAAGAGGAAGGAAAUCUGCACCUGUCACACCGAGUCGCAAAUCUAAAAGAGCCCGCAAACAACCUGAGCAGCAGGAGGAAGAGGAGACUGCAGAACAGGAAGCAGGACCAGCAAAGAAGGAAGUAAAUGUUGAACAAGAAAAAGACAUGGAAGAAAAGAUUGAGGCUGUGACACUCGAGGAGAACCUUGUGGAGGAUGCUAGGGCUGACGAGGGCACUGUGGAAGAGGACAAGGUGGAUGAGGGAGCAACGGCUGCAGAGGAAAAGACUGAGGAUAAAGAGGAGGAGGAAAUCGUAGCAGAAGAAUCAGCUGCAGUAGAAGACGUUGAAAAAACAGAAGAUCAGAGCAAAGUUGAACCCAUGGUCCAGAGUGCUGGAGAUGAGGUUACAGAAAAGGGUUCAGAGGAAAUGCCCUCAGAGGAGCCAGCAGAGGAGGAGAAAGAGACAGAACCAUCAAAUGAAGUGGUAGAAACAACAACUGAAGAAACCUUGGAAGAAAAGGUGGCACCAGCUGAAGUUGAGGAGGCAGAGAUCUCAGAGGAAGAACAGGAAGCCCCAGCAGUAGAAACAAGAGCUUCCAGGAGGGGAAGGAAGAGCGGGAAAGCUACUCCAAAACACAAAUCCACAGGCAGAGGACAAAAACAGCAGAAAGAGGAAGAGGAGGAUGAGCAGGAAGAGGAGGAACCGGUCAUAGAAAUAAGAGUUCUGAGAAGAGGAAGGAAAUCUGCACCUGUCACACCGAGUCGCAAAUCUAAAAGAGCCCGCAAACAACCUGAGCAGCAGGAGGAAGAGGAGACUGCAGAACAGGAAGCAGGACCAGCAAAGGAGGAAGUACAUGUUGAACAAGAAAAAGACAGCGUAAAAGAAGCAGUGGCUUAUGAAAUGAAUGAGGAAGAGGAGGGCAAUGAGGUGGCGGAGGCAAGGACUGAGGAAGACGCAGCAGAAGAAGAAAACAAAACCCCAGAGGAAGAAAAGUCUCCAGAGGAGGUGGUGGAAGAAAUACCUGAUGAGGGGUCUGCUGAGGGAGGAGAGGAGCGACAGGCUGACAAAGAGGAGGAAGAAGGGAAAUCAGAAGCUGCUGCAGCAGAGACCAGGACAGCGGAAGCAGCAGACACAGCAGCAGAAAUGCCUCUUGAUGAAGACACUGAGAAGAGCUCACCUGCCAUGGAGGAAGAAGCAAAGAGCUGUGAGGAAGAGGAAGUGGUGAAAGAAGCACAGAAAGAUACAGAGGAGGAAGAGGAGGAAAGGGGUGGAGAGGAGGCUGACCUGACCACAGACACUGUGGCAAAUGCUGAGGGCAAAGAAGAAGCCAUCACACAACCACAGGAGGAAGGUAUAGGAGAGCCAGUAGAAGAGCAAAUAGGAGAGGAGAAGGUGGAGACAGGGGAAUUGGCUGAAACUGAAGAGGGGAAGCAGGGGGAAGACGCCAAGAUUGCAUCUGCUUCCCGAGAUGUAGAACAAGCAGAGGAAAUACUGGAGAAGGAGAGAAAGGAGGCUGGUGAGACAGAAACCGCAGAGAAAACUGAUAAACAGGAGAUAGGAGAAGAAGAUGUGGUGACUGAUGAAGGGUCUCCAAAAGAAGCGAAGGUGACACAGACUGACGGUCCUGUGAAGGAGGAGGCUGAAGAAGACAAACCUCCAGUUGUGGAGACAAGAGCUUUGAGGAGCAGAUCAAAGAUUCUCCUCGGGGCCACACCUUCACGGGAAUCCAAAAGGCCAAAACAUCAAGAAGAACCGGAAGAACCCACUGAAAUAGCGGAGCCAGAAACCAUCCCUUCAGAGGAGCCGGCAUCUGAGGAAACGGUUGAAGAAGCAGAAGUGGAGCGAGUAGAUGACAGGAGACAGGAAACGGAUGCAGAGGACAAAGAACCUCCUGUGGUAAAAAUGAGAGUCCUUCGGAAGACUGCAGCCAUGACGAGGCGUAAAUCCAAACGCCACAAACCGUCGGUGGAUUACACUGAGGAGGGGGGAGGGGAGGAGGACAACGAUGCCAUGGAGUCUGAGGAGGGAGAGGGAGGAGAGGAAAGUGAGGGAGUGGAAGAAGAGGGAGAAGCUGGCAUUGAGGGCAAAGAGGAAGCUGAACUUGAAGAAGAUGUGGACACAGAAAAUGUACACGGAAACGUAGCAGAUGAGGAGGAAGAACCUCCCGUGGUAAAAACAAGAGUUCAUCAGAAGAAGACUGCAGCCAUGACGAGGCGUAAAUCCAAACGCCGCAAACCGUCGGUGGAUUACACUGAGGAGGGGGGAGAGGAGGAGGACGACAGUGAUGACAUGGAGUCUGAGGAGGGAGAGGGAGGAGAGGAAAGUGAGGGAGAGGAAGAAGAGGGAGAAGCUGGCGUAGAGGGCAAAGAGGAAGCUGAACUUGAGGAAGAUGGAGCAGAUGAGGAGGAAGAAAAGACAGGAGAGGAAAAAACUAAAGAGGCAGAAAACAACAUUUGUUUGGAGUUAGAUGAAGAUGAAGAGCAGAUGGAGGAGGACUCAACAGCAGCUGACAGCUCAGAGGAAGAAAAGGAGGCUCCAGUGACCCUGAAGACAAAUCUGAGAGGGAGGUCAAUGGCCACUCCCAUCCCAGCGCCACGGCGCAAAUCCAGAAGACUCAGCCAGGUCACACACACACUGCAGGUGGAGAAGGCUGCUUCUGAAGAGUCUGUGGAAGAGCAGAGUCCUCCGACUGGGAGGAGUCUGAGGAAGAGGAGGAGUCUGAGGAAGAGGAGGAGUCUGAGGAAGAGCGCCGAGCCCACGCCCACAUACAGGUCCAAGCGCCGCAGCCGAACAUAGAGUACAUUUCACACACACACACACACUCGUCCUCACACAUGUGUUUCCCCUUCCCUCUUUCUAUCACAUGCACACAAGGCACAAAGUUAAAGGCUAUCUAGGGGACCAGCUAAAGUACCUUUUGCAUAUGCGUUUUUCAUGUAUUGCUUGAAUUUUUAAUGUAAUUUCUUUAAACAUAAAUGAUUUAAAUAUCAAUGUGGAGCAUAUUAGAUACCUUUCAUAUUGUACUUAUAGAAUAUGUCAAUAUUGAAGGCAAAUGAUGAAUUGGUUUUUAUAAAAAUUUCAGGUGCCAAUUUGAAAGGUUCUUGCUGUUUUUCAUAAUUGCUUAACUAGUCCUUCCCUCUAUAAACAUGUCACUUUUUAGACAGUAUAAAGACGUGAGUUAAAAUAUAGAAUAUAGACUUUAGUGUUUUAGUUCAUACCAAGACCUCUUCUGUAUAUUAUCAUCCUUAUUAAGACAAUUUCGAACUGUAAUUCUCUUCAAGAUAUUGGGUUAGUAGUUAAAAAAAUGCCUGAAGUUAUUAUCCUCCAUUUAGUUAAUUCAAACAUCUAUUAAUACAUUUCAAUAUUUUGGCAGUUACAAAACAUUGUCUGAGUUUAAAAUUGGCUUUGUGGCUUAAUACAAAAAAUAUAUUUAUAUUGUCUCAAAUAUGAUUACCUGUGUGUUUGGAACAUGUAACAUAUUUGAACUAUUGUUUCAUUUUUCUCUUCCAAAGGGAAUAUUUUUUAAGAUAUUUUAUUUUUAUACAAUACAUUUGAGUCAAAUUGUUAUACUUAAAUGUAUCCGGAUCAAAUUUUGAUGAAGCUCAGGAUCUAAAAUCACAUAUAAUGUUAUUCAAAAGUUUAUGUGGACAAAUGUUUAUAUUUUUCUCACAAUUUCAUUAUAGAGCAUAUGCUACCUACACACGUUAUUACGCUGUGAAAACCACCACCUGUAGACGUACACAGAAUAAUAUUAGUGUCAUUACAAAACAUGACAUUUAAUUGUUAAACCAUUUAAUGUAUCUCCUCACACUUUGUUAAUUGCUAAUAUGUAACAAUUUUAUCACAUUUAGCAGUUUUUUCCUAAUUGAUUAAAUGCUUGUUGUCGGUGACCUGUGAUGUGAAGGUUCCUAGAGAUGCAAUUGGAAAAAUCAUGUUUUUUGUUGUUGUGUUUUUCUCUUUCAUCGUGCUAGAAUGUUUUCUGUAGGCGGUCCUCCAAACAAACAUCUUACUGCGUUUGGUGAACAGAUGUUUACAGGAGCAUUUUCUUCUGGAGCUGUGACUUUGAUACUUUGUAGUGGUCUUUUAUUGGUAGUAAAUAAAAAAAAAUUUGAGCGUGA